CAACAUUUUUAUCAACAGUUUUGGGUCCAUUGCCGAAACAACAAUGGACUACAGGGUGAACAUCUUCCUGAGACAGCAGUGGAACGACCCCCGGCUGGCCUACAGCGAGUACCCCGACGACUCGCUGGACCUCGACCCCUCCAUGUUGGACUCCAUCUGGAAACCCGACUUGUUCUUCGCCAACGAGAAGGGCGCCAACUUCCACGAGGUCACCACCGACAACAAGCUGCUGCGCAUCUCUAAAAACGGCAACGUGCUCUACAGCAUACGAAUAACACUGGUCUUGGCCUGUCCCAUGGAUCUGAAGAACUUCCCUAUGGACGUGCAGACCUGCAUCAUGCAGCUGGAGAGCUUCGGCUACACCAUGAACGACCUCAUAUUCGAGUGGGACGAGAAGGGAGCCGUGCAGGUGGCCGACGGCCUGACGCUACCUCAGUUCAUACUCAAAGAGGAGAAGGACCUGCGCUACUGCACCAAGCACUACAACACAGGUAAAUUCACCUGUAUCGAGGCUCGUUUCCACCUGGAGCGUCAGAUGGGUUACUACCUGAUCCAGAUGUACAUCCCCUCGCUGCUCAUCGUCAUCCUGUCCUGGGUUUCCUUCUGGAUCAACAUGGACGCCGCGCCCGCCCGGGUGGGUCUGGGCAUCACCACCGUGCUGACCAUGACCACGCAGAGCUCCGGUUCCAGAGCCUCCCUGCCCAAGGUGUCCUACGUAAAAGCCAUCGACAUCUGGAUGGCCGUGUGUCUGCUGUUCGUGUUCUCCGCCCUGCUGGAGUACGCCGCCGUCAACUUCAUCGCCCGCCAGCACAAGGAGCUGCUGCGCUUCAGACGGAGGCGACGACACAUGAAGGAGGAUGAGACGGGCGAGGGGCGCUUCAGCUUCCCCGGCUACGGCAUGGGCCCCGCCUGCCUGCAGGCCAAGGACGGCAUGGCCAUCAAGGGCAACAACAACAACGCCCCGGCCUCGGCCGCGCCCGAGAAGAGCAUUGAGGAGAUGAAGAAGCUGUUCAUUAGCCGGGCCAAGCGCAUCGACACGGUGUCCCGCGUGGCCUUCCCGCUCGUCUUCCUAAUUUUUAACAUUUUCUACUGGAUCAUUUACAAGAUCAUCCGCAGCGAGGACAUCCACAAGCAGUAG